ACACACACACACACACACACGCGCGCAGACUGCUUUCAUGCAAAUACAUGUCCUCUCUCUUUCAGAUUCACUUACAGGCACGCACGCAGACGCACUCACGCACACUGACACGCUCGCUCUCACUUACACACACACAUUCACACAUACGCUCUCUCUCUCUCUCUCUCUCUGUGUGUGUGUGUGUGUGUGUGUGUGUGUGAUCGAUGCUGUUAGUUCCUUGUCUGGACGCUGGAGGCUUGACAUCAGAUUAGCUCUGCAUUCAGUGUGCGCACACACAGCCUCGCAAACACACACACACACACACACACACACCGGACACAGACAUGAGCGCAGGGGACGUGGUGUGUACCGGAUGGCUGGUUAAAUCCCCACCGGAGAAAAAGCUCAAGAGAUAUGCAUGGAGGAAGCGAUGGUUUGUCCUCCGGCGUGGACGGAUGAGCGGAGAUCCCGAUGUUCUGGAGUACUUCCGCAGUAAGACAUCUCGGAAGCCUAUUCGCUCCAUCGACCUGCAGGAAUGCGAGGUGGCGGCGGAGGCGGAGUCAGGCCGGGAGCUGGAGUGGGGGGCGUGGUCUGUCAAACGACAUCUGGCCAAUCAGCACUUGUUCAUAGUGAAAACGUCAACGCGUGUGUUCUACCUGCUGGCCAAGACGGCCGAGGAGAUGAACUGCUGGGUGAGGAACAUCGGCCAGAUCUGCACCUUCAGCACCUUCAACCACAGCACAGAAUCGAUGGACAGUCUCGCCCAGACUCCUUCCUCCCAUCAGCCCUCUCCCGUGCUCUCGACUCACGCCCCGUUCUCAGCCAAUCAGGAAGCGGCGGUUACCGAGACGGAUUCGGCGGUCAGAGACGAGCCCAGCGAAUCAGACACCAGCAUUCCGCUCGAUUAUCUCUUCCUGUCUCAGUGUGAAACUGGCAGGAAGAGCAUCACCAGGUGUGACAGCAUGUCGAAUUCGGAACGUUCGUUUGAGCAAAGCUCGUUAGAGAACGUGACCGAUGACGUGUUCGGUCCUGGCGUGUGUUUAGACUCCGCCCCUUCACCCUUCGGAGCGGCGUACGGGACCCGGCCGUUAUCGUCGUGCCCCAUCCGAGGCCCCGGUGACGUGUUCCGAUUCGACAGCCCCUUCUGUGCCACGCCCCCUCCUCUCCCACCUAAACCGACACACAUGUCCGAUCACCACUGUCACGAGGAUGCUGUGCAUAACCAGGGGCAACUGGGGCUCCUCCCACGCAGGACGUCGCUGUCGGGUGGGGAGCAUUUUAGAAGAGGAGAGUUCGAGUUCAGUGCGAGAGGAAACUGGAACAAACGACUGAGUCUGAAUCUGCCGAGGCUUCUGGUUAACACUCCCUCUGAGAGCCAAUCAGACGACUCCUCUUAUGUGCCCAUGGCAUCUCCGCCAAUCAGCUCCUCCGACAUUGAAGUUGACGGCUACAUACCUAUGAGUCCAACCACACUUCCUGUUCCGCUGUUAGCCAAUGGGAAGCCAGAAUCACCUCUUCCUCCGACUCCUGAUAUGGAUCCUCCUCCAAUCAACCGCAGCCUGAAGCCGAGGAGGCGGGUGAAACCGCCGCCCCUCGAUUUGUCCACCAUUAGCGAAUGCCCCACCCACCUCCCUCUGAUACGCACCAUGACGGAACCAAGCGCCUCACCUCGUUGUGUUCCAUGGGACAGGGGGCGGGGCUUAAACAGCACCGAACAGGAAGGGAAUGACACGCCUACGUCGUUUUUCUCUGCAUGUGACUCCGCCCCUUGGUUCCGGAGCUCUCACCUGGAUUACCUGUCACUGGAUUUUAACUCCGCCUCCCCCUCACCCGUCCAAAAGAAACCUCCGCUGGACGAACAGCGCGUGGACUACGUUCAGGUGGACGAGAAGAAGACGCAGGCGCUGCAGAACACCAGGACGGAGUGGAAGGACAGCCGGCAGCCGAAAGUGUGACGGGAAAAUAAAUAAAACCGGAAAAUCGUUGUACGAUCGGAAAACUAGGUCAACGUGCAGCGUAAAGAAGGACGCAUGCGCUUGGUCUGCUCUCAGAAGUCCACUCCGAGGCUGUGAGUCCACAUACUGAAGAGCUGAAGGGGGGAAAAAAAAACAAAAACAAACCAUCAUCACACCUUUUCAGGUUCAGGUACAAACUCGGUCUACUGUGAAAGGUGAAAAUUCAGAACUGACCUCCUGUAGAUGAAAAGGACAAACGCAAGGCUUAUUCGGAGUCUAGCUGGGAAGAAAAAAACUAACAAAAAAAAAAAAAACACACCCACGAGGGUCGUUCCGGCAUGUUGAAGUGUCUCUAACUGUAACAUUGUGUGUGAAAUAUUGUGGUGUGUUGUACUACUAAUUGUUGGUACAUGAUUCCUUCUUGAGUCAGAUCUACAUCACCGUCACGACUGUGUCGAUUAUGAGGGAUGUACGAUUGUAAACGUCGUGUUCUUUCUCUUCUAUGAUUGAGAUUUUACAAAACGGUAAAAAAAUUUAAAAAAAAAAAAAAAAAAGAAUUUAAAAAUCAUGGAUAAAUGGUUCUCGGGUCAAACGUGUCGAAGUCCACUAACAAGAAAUGGUUUUCCUUCAUUGAAUGAAGUUUUUUUUAUCAUUAUCUUCUGUAAUAUAUAAACCCAAACGAGUGUGUCGUAUUGGCUGAGAGAAGUAUGGACAGUUAACCGAGUCAAUAUUAGUAAUUAAGACAUAAAAACACUAAAAAUAAAAAAAAACUGCAGGCAAAAUGUUUUUUAAUUAAAGUGCAAUUCAAAGAUAUUGACUUCUUCUUGUUGUUGUUUUUUUUUGUUUUUGUUUUUUUUACAAUUUCUUCACAACUAGUGUGUGAAUGUUUCUAUUAAAAAAAACUCAUUUGAAAUGAAUAAUGAGGGUUUUAAAAAACAUACAUUUAGAAGAUACAGUUCUUGGUAGUGGACUCGGGAGGGGUGUUGUUUGUGUUUCACUGUGAUGUCAUCAUGACUGAAUAAAACAUUCAACAUUUUGACAAAAGCACAAAUAUAUCCUGGAUUACUGUCACUGUGAUUUCAUCUGCAUCACGCCAAAAGCUUUUUGUUUGUCUUAACAGAUGUAAGGUCUUAAGCGGUAUGUGUGUGUGUGUGUGUGUGUGUGUUUAACAACUACCCUUCCAACUGUGCGCUGUACAUUUCAAAAUCUAAUUAUUUUUCCAGGUUAAAAAAGAAGACUGACCUCCAAAAAAAAAUCAUUAAUAAAUUUUUUUUUUUUAAA